AUGUCAGAACCACAAACAGGCAAUGCCUCGCCAAACUCAAGAAAACGGUCCUUGCCAGAAGAGGACCAGCUUAUCCCGUCGACGCCCAUAAGAAGCUCACAGACUUCACCCUCCUCAACAUGUACAUUGUCAACUCCGCAGAGUGUACUGUCUCUUGAUCAAAGUCCAUCGGUACCUCGCAAUCCUACUUCGCAGCAAAGUUCUCACGACCUCAGCAGCGGAGAGCGUCACGAUAGUGCUGGAGCAACGAAUGCAGACGCAGUGCCCACCAAGAGACGUAAGCUAACCGUCCAAGAGAAGGAGGAAAAGAAGAAGGAAAAAGAAGAGAAGGAGAGACAACGGGCGGAACAGAGAGCGAAGCGCGACGAAGAAAAGCAGCUGAAGAAUGAAGAGCGACGGAAGAAGAACGAGGAGAAAGAGGAGAAGCAGCGACAGAAAGAUCUUGAGAAGCAGCAGAAAGAGGAGGCGCUAAGGAAGAAAGAGAGGUCCCAGAUGAAGCUAGGGUCUUUCUUCAUGAGACCAGCCGUGCCGCAGUCGUCUCGAACUACCCCUUCAAAGCCGGAGCAAAGUGCGUUGGAAACUAAACCGAAGCCUGUCUCGUUCGUCGCGAUCGACAGCAUACAAGGGUCUCCGCCUCGUAUUGUGUCCCCGCGGAAGAAGGUCUCGUCUGCGUAUGAACAAUUCUUCUUACCUUUCGAACUCCCGUCAAACGCAACCUGCGCCCCUGUCAACGCUUUUGUUCAAGACGACGAGGAGAUCCAAACGAAACGGAGGAAACUAGAUCAUCAUGUGGAGGAGCCGCUGGAGGAAUGUAGCCUCUCAAUAAGACUCCGCGUACCUCAAGAGCAGCGACAAUUGCGGGGUGAGGGGACGCGUCCUGUUCGGCAAAUUAUGGAGUGCCUUCACGGUACGUCUGCCAACCCAAUCGAUCUUACUGAGGACGCCUCCGCGAACCGAACCCGAACUCCUAUGGAUGAGCUCCUUUGCAUUCCGAUGAAAUACCUCCACUUUGGCGAAGACGUUCGACCGCCGUAUUAUGGCACCUACACCAAGAUCCAAUCACGACAUGAAGCUCGAAGGUUAGCCCGGAAUCCGUUCAGUCGCACACUUCCAGAGGCGGACUACAGCUAUGACUCUGAGGCUGAAUGGGAAGAGCCCGAGGAGGGGGAAGACCUCGACUCCGAAGACGACGAGGACAUCGAGAGCGUUGGUAGCGCGGAGGACAUGCAAGGCUUCCUCGAUGAUGAGGAUGCAGCGGAAGUGGCGAGAAGUCGACGAGGUCACAUAGCUGGCAGCUUGGAGCCAAUCUGCAGCGGCUUGCAAUGGGAGGAUGCAGAAGGUGUUCUGAAACCGGCAGAUCCAUCCGCAGCCUCUGUCAAUUUCGCGGAAUUUAGGAUGGAAGCCUUACUUGAACCUUCACCUAGGAUGAUCGAUCCCUUCUCAACAGUGUACUGGGUGCCUGAGCCUGUGGCUCCCUCUUCCGCUCUCAAUCUAGUCCUGAGUGGUCGGAGCGAUGUUUCGGUCAACGGACAUACAAAUUCACUCCGCCAACCUUUGCUUGAACGUCCUGACGGAAUUCUCAAUGGAGCUAAUGCUCGCCCACGAGGCAGACCGCUAAAAGAUUCACCAAAUGGUGCUCCUGCUGUACCGAAACCGCCGAAACGUUCCGUGCCACCAGAGGAUAUGGAAGAGUUCAAGCUGGCGGUGCAAGGCAGUGACCUCACCAAGAUCGCCCUAGUAGAGAUGCUCAAAAAGAGGUUUCCGAAGAUACCGAAAGAUGCUAUAAACUACACGCUAAGCACAGUGGCUGCACGCAUCGGAGCGAAAGAGGCAGAGAAACGAUGGGUCAUCGUCCCCGGAAAAUGA